AGACUUUGCAGAGAACCGGCUGAAACUUGCCGAGAUCCUCUACUACAAGAUCCUGGAGAACGUCUUGGUUCAGGAGACCAAACGGCUGCACGGCAAAGACAUGAGUGUGCUAUUGGAGCAGGACAUCUUCCACUGUUCCCUGAUGGCCUGUUGUCUGGAGGUCGUGUUGUUCUCCUACAGCUCCCAGAGAACCUUCCCCUGGAUCAUCAACAUCUUCAAACUGACCCCAUUCUACUUUUUCAAGGUCAUUGAGGUGUUUAUCCGCUCAGAGGAAGGCCUGUCCAGAGACAUGGUGAAGCAUCUGAACCUGAUUGAGGAACAGGUUCUGGAGAGCAGAGCGUGGAGCACAGACUCUGCCCUGUGGAGCGCCCUGCAGGCUGCUGGGAACAAAAUCCCAACAGUGGAGGAGGUCGGCAGGAAACACACACUCAGAGAGACGCACACACUUAUAAACAGCAAUCAGCUGCAUGUAGAUGCACACAUACUAAACAAAGAUUAUCUCUUGAAUUGCAUUGAGAGUGAGAGAAAGUUAUUAUUUCAUUGAACAUUUCUCCAUUUCUCCAACUUGUCUCAACUUUCUAGAAUAAAAUUUACACAGAUAUACACAAACAUUGUGAAACAAAACUUCCUGCACCGAACAACUUUAAUUAGGACACUUUAUAUGAGGAUUUUUUUUGUUUAAAGGCUAAUGCCAGACAAAAUGGCAGCAUUAAAAGGGUUACAUUUGCUCUCUGUCUGUCUUUCAAUCUAUAAAUAAAUUUUUCUUUUUACUUCUUUGUGCCUCGUUAAACUUUGUAAUAGGACAAAACGUGUAGAAGGAAAUGAGGUAAAAGGUGAGAAUAAGAAGCGAAUUGAGAUUAAAACCUAUUCUUCAGGUCUGAAUUGACAGAGCUCGCUCAUUGAGCUCAGCCAAAAGACAGUGUCGCCCAACUUAAUUGAUUUUAGGUUAUC